AAAGAAAAUAUGAUUUUCCUUCCAUGAUCGUGUUUCAGAAAAUAUGAUUGAGUUGAGUUUCCUUUCAUGGUCAUGAGUAACAUGUCCUCUCUUUUAGUUUUGACAAUGAAUUAUUUCCACACUUCUCAACCACAUUAGGAGCUACAAGCAAUCAAAUAUCAAGGAGAAAACCAACCAGUAAGUUGCCAUUUGGGUUGAGGAAAUUAUAAUGGGAAUAGGAGUGGAAAUAUGUAUAGGAUAAACACUCCUUUUUUUUUUCUUUUUUCCCAACUCUCCUCUCGAAGAUUAAGAAAGAAAAAGGCCUUUACCCGAUAUUUACCGAAAAAGCCAAAACCACGGAUUUUUUUUCAAGUAAAUCUCGUGGUUGAUGUCCCGAGAAAAUUUAAUUUUUACCAUUUCUCUUCAAAAACCCUAAAUACCUUCCCUGCUUACUAUUCUCUCAUUUCUACGUCUCCCACUUUUACCGGCGGCCGCAUGACCUCUCCGACUCGCCCCGCCCAUUUUCCUUCAUAGCUUUAUCCUCUUCUUCUCAACAAGGAACCAACAGGUCAGUCUUCCUUCUCCUCGCAGUUCCUACUGUCAUGUAUAACUUGUUUCGUAGAAUCAUUCUACUUAGAUCUCCAUCGUCAGUCUGUACUCACGGAUUUUCCGAAAGUCCGUUGAAGUCUCUCAGAUUCUUAUCGACCUCUUCUGAGAUUGUAUCAUCUCCGAAAUCUGCUUCGUUGGCUUCUAAUGUUGUUCAGCUCAAGAACAAUCGGAAGACUGUAAUUGCGUUUUUUGAGAAUCAUGGAUUCUCUGAAUCACAAAUUUCUGAUCUUGUUAAGAAGGUCCCUCUAAUUCUUUCUGCGAACACCGAGACCCUAUUUCCUGUAUUGUUGUUUUUUAAAUCUAAAGGUCUUUCUUCCCCAGAGAUAACCAAAUUCGUAUGUUCUGCUCCUCAAGUUUUAAAACGAAGUUUAAACCAAGAAAUUAUUCCAGUCUUUGAUUACAUUCAAGCCGUGCUUGGAACAGUCGAGAAGACUGUCGCUACCAUAAAACGCUUUGCGGGUAUUCUCGGUUGGAAUCUUCGAAUUUCAGUUGGUCCCAAUAUUGAAAUUCUGAGACAAUUUGGAGUGCCGGAUUCAAAUAUUUCAUUUUAUCUUCAGCGGCAGCCUAAAAUGUUCUCGAUAAGUUCCAUCCAAUUCAAGGAGGUUGUAGAGAGAGUUAUGGAAAUGGGAUUCAACCCUCAACAAUUGCAGUUUGUUGUUGCUGUUUUUGCUCUUCGAUCAAUGACCAAAUCUUCAUGGGAUAAGAAGGUUGAAGUUUAUAGGAAAUGGGGAUUGUCUGAAGAAGAGUUCAGUUUAGCUUUUAGAAGGCAUCCAUUGUGUAUGACGUUUUCUGAGGAUAAGAUUAAUGGUGUAAUGGAUUUUUUUGUCAACGAAAUUGGAUGGGAAUCAUCUUUCGUUGCUAGAAGACCAGUUUUAAUUUCACUUAGUUUGAAGAAGAGGCUAUUUCCUAGAGGCUAUGUUUAUCAAGUUUUGCUGUCAAAGGGUUUGAUUAAAAAACACAAGAAACUUUAUUUGUUGUUUGAGUAUCCCGAAAUCCGUUUCAUAGAAAAAUUCAUCAACCCUCACAAGGAGCAGAUUCCUGGAUUGUUGGAGUUGUAUAAACAGAAAUUAAUGGAUUCUAGAAGAUGAACAGGUUUCAUCUCCUUGAAAUUCAUCCUUAGUUUGCA